CAUCUGCCUUGGUUUCUAUUAUCAUGAGCAUCUCCAGAGUUAUCGUGACAGCGUUUCCUCCCUGAUGAAAGACAGAGACCUUCUGAAAGCAAACCUCUCUGAAAUGGCUGAAAAGCUGAACAGACUUCACAGACUUUUCAAACAAAACAAAACGUGUCCAGCUGGAUGGAGCAGGUUCAGUUGUUCAUGUUACAUCUUGUCAAAUCGGUCCAGCCCCUGGCAUGAAGGCAGAGAGUUCUGCAGGAACAGAGGAGCCGAUCUGGUGGUGAUAGAAAAUAAUGAAGAACAGGAAUAUCUCUCUAAGUUCACUGACAAACCAUUUUGGAUGGGUCUGAAUUCUGAAACAGGGAUUUGGAAAUGGGUAGACGGAAGUCCAUUAAUUCUGACAAAAUGGGCGACAGGUCAACCUGAUAAUGGUGGUGGAAAACCAGAAUACGGUGAGGAGAACUGUGCCCAUGUCAAACUCAAUAAAUACUGGAAUGACUUAUCAUGUAAAGUUUAUCUGCGGUGGCUCUGUGAAAAGCUGAUUUAAUACUGUUAUCUGAUUUACAUGAAGAUCUCUGUGCUCUCUGUGCUUCCCCUCUCAAUUUCUUCAAGGCAUCAAAACACUCACAACAUCUGAUAAAUUUCACAGAUGCAAGUCUUCUUUAGCUGAACAACAAUCAAGUUUAGCAAUGGAUCAUCACUAAACAAACCCCUCCUCCAGACCUGACAUACACUUAAAGCCCAAAUAACUGGAACGUCACCAGAUUUGGGGCAAAUAAGUAAAGUUAUUCACAUCCAGUUGAAGGAAGCGUUUUUUAAAGACAACUUCUAUAAAUCCUUGAUUUAAUACAUUUUCGAUGUAAUUACCUUAAAGGACAACAAUUUGCAUUUUAAGUCUAUAUUUAUUAUACAGUUUGAACGUUGUGAAUGUUUUGAUAAACAUAAAAAACUCUUUGCCACCUUCCAAAUAUUUUUUGGUAUUAACUGUAAUUCAGUGUAAUUCAUUGAAUUUGUGAGCAUAAAAAAAAAGAAAAAAAUAUAUGUUUUUUCUCUUUCCAGUAACUUUGUAUAGUGUCUGUUUUUUAAUGGUAAAAUGACUCAUUUGCAAAAGUCUAAUUUGCACAAUAGCUGCUGUACUUUUCUUUAACUUCCACUGUACUGUUUCAAUAAUAAUUAUUUAUUUGUUGUGAUCAUAUCCUCACUGGAGUAAAUAACUGGAAUGUUCAGACUUUCUGUCAUUGAAAUGUAUUUGCACUUGUCUUUGGUGGAUGGUGGAUUUGUCAGAUAAUGCUGUGGUUGUGAAUCGUCUAUGGUUUGGAAAAAAGUGAGAAUGAUGGCUGGAGGUGGUG